ACCAUUUCGCUGUGUUCUUUAAUUAAUCUCAGAAAUGCACGAUCAUUGCUGUGUGCUGUGAUUUUGCACAAGUGAAAGAAAAAGAACUAAAUGAUUUGAUUUUGGUGCACACUUAAGCUCAACGAAAAACAGUCUUCUGUGAAAUCGUUCUACCAAAUCUUAAUUCUUCUAACUCUCCCUGCUUCAAUUCGUUACGCUUCAUUUGUGGUUUUCUCUGCUCAAAACCCCAUUCAAAUUGAUCAGCGAGACAGUGGAGUGCUAAAUUACAUAGAAGGAAAAAUCAUCGACCACCUACGGACAGCUCACAGCAGAACAUAAACAUUCGUUGACCGCUAGAAAACGCCGGCAUAUACGCGUCCCAGGGUGGAAAGGAACUCAGGUUUAUCGUUGCGGACCGACGCGACUCACGCGAACGCGCCAUCGAAUAGGAGGGAAAUGAAAACACACAAACACUCUUUCAACGUAUGUGGCCAACGCUCGGCUUUCGUGGAACUCUAAUGGACUUUAACUUCUUCAUUUACUCCCUUGUUUUUUUUUUUGACGGUGGAAUCCUUCCAGCCACCGACCAUGGUGUGUUCGUGAAGUGCCUGCAAUGAAAAGCGAAAGCGUAUAGAAACUAAAAAUCCCACCACUUGAGGGAAAAAGCCUCCAUUUGGUAUCCCCCCAUCGAUCGCUGCGGUGCGAAGGAAAGCAUAUCAUUUCCAGAAUGGUUUGUUAUGUACACUGCGCUGACCACAUAGUUCCCGGUACGAACGGGCGAACGUGGUUUCUCUCGCGUUGGUCAUUCGUACACGAAUCGUUGGCCAGUGCGGUUGUUUUGUGGUGUGGUCCCUUUUAGGACCCCUGUUUGAGGGACACCCCAUACAAUGGUGCAAACAGUAGAGUGUAAUGGCGUGCAGUAAUUGCACUGGUGAAUCGAAGCCGGUUCGGUACCUGGUGGUGCAAUCGCCGAACAUGAGUGAUUCCUUCACAGACGUUGUUAUUUGCUACAGCGUUUCUUUCCCAUUCUGAGUGAUACAUUAUUUAAAAACACGGACUCACCAUCGCUUUGGGGAUUUGUUAAUUUGCUCUGAAGGAACUAAAUAUAUAGGUCACUCCAGUGUCUUUGUCUGUGUGUGUUUAUGUAAGAGAAUAAUUUUCGUGAAAUUAACCUUAACGAUUAAGUGGCGGAAGGAAAAAACGCAAAGAGUUUCGCGCUCCCUAAAUAAUGAAACAUACCAGUGCUACUACUCAACUAACAGGGUGUGUUAAAAUAUUCAACGAUUCGCUCUAUAAAUUAUGUUACACAGAGAGUAACAAACAAGUUUGCGUACCAGCUGUAGUAGCAAAAACCCGCCUUAAACUCUCGACUUAAAGCGUCCGACACAAAACGUUUAGAAGUAAAAAAGAAAAACGAUGCCUACACUAUCUGCCCGUCACCAGCCGGAACAGCAGGAACUAUUGGAGCUGGAGAGUCCCGCAUUUGCGGUCGUCUCGAGUGACCAUUCGUACCGUGCGAGUAGCCUUGGUAAGCCGAACGCAAUCGUACGCCCGCUGCGGCACGGUCGUGAGCAACGCGAGGUGAUCGAGGGACAGCACAUCGUCAAUCUGCACCCGGACUACAAACUGCUGCACGAGAUCGAAACACAGCUCAGUAGGAAAAAUAAGGAUAACGCACAGAACGUGCACAGCAUCGCGCAGCAGGACCGUGAUCGGGGUGAACUGGUGAAACAACCUCAGCUGGUACGAUCGAACUACGGACCGGGAGCAAUCGAGAUCGAAAAGACGGACCGUGGAAAUCGGCAGCAUGAGUUUAGCCGGGAGUUGGACGCCAAGCUGAGAAAGCUACAAAAUGAUUCCUCGAAGCGAUCGUCUAAAAAUGGCAGCACACAGGAGGUGAACGUUAGGAAGCGUCCCUUGUUCAUCACGACCGUCCCGAAGGGUGUGUUUCUGCAGCCUACCAAAGAGCUCCCCUUGCUUUUGCCCGGUUCCAGCCAACGACGGCUGUAUGCCUUCGAGAGCCGGCCAAGGAUUCUGACGGCUCCCAGCCUCAGCCAGAACAACAACAACAACAACAACGACAUCAAUCAUCCGAACCACAACCAUCCGGGCGAGUAUGUCUGCAAGCACGGUAGCCACCAUUACGGCAAACCGUUAGGACCAAGGAUAUCCCAACUCGCCCCAGGUGAGGCCGACAUCGUGCGGAAGGUUGCGGUGCAGGAACUACAAUCGAUCGCCAGCGGCCAACAACAGCGAUCCGGUCCACAGUGCACCCGUCCGGCAAGAGACCAACAGCAGCAACCACAAAAUGGAACCUACCAGAAUGUGAUGCACGAUCGACGAGUUAUCCGAGGCAGUAAUUAUACCUCAACGAGCAACCUGCAAGUGGGCCAUGUUAAUCACUUCCCUAACAUGCCCCGGUGGAAUCCAUAUUUCGGUUAUGCUGGUCUUCUAUCAGGAAAGGGUGAUGGUGAUGGCGCGCAGAAGGAAGCCGAAGCACGACGGCGCCAGAUGCUCCGGAAGAAGUAUGUUACGCGCAACCAGCGUGGAGUGAUCGGCACACCACCACCUGUCCGUGGCCGACGGCACGAAACGGUUCAGACUGAGAAAUAUCUCGAGGAGCUCUUCCUGCAUCCUCCCGAGCUAGAUGCCGGUUGUCAGACGGAUCUGUUUCUCCACCGGCCCCCAUCGCCACCGUACGUCCCGGCUAAGACCGGUUGCGAUGUAUCGACCGAAAUAUUGGACGGUGAGCUGUUCGAUUUCGACAUCGAGGUGCAACCGAUCAUCGAGGUGUUGGUCAGCCGGACGCUCGAACAAGCCCUGGUGGAGGUGUUGCACGAGGAGGAAAUAGCUGAGAUGAAGCAGCAGCAGCAGAAGAUCCUAGCGUUGCGUGAGGCUGAGCUAGCCGAGCUAAGGCGCCUGGAGCAGGAGGAACACAAGCGUCAAGCGGAACGGGACAGACGCUACCUGCAGGACAAAAUAGCACGCGAUCUGGAUCUGGAGAUGCAGGAACGCAUCACCGCAGCCAAGCUGCUGCAGGGCCGACUCGAUGAGAUCGUACCGGAGGUGUUAGCCGCUGUCGACAAGAUCGAGACGGACAAGGAUCGGGCCGAGUUUGAGCGGCAAAUAACGCCAUGGCUCGCAAAGGAGGUUGCGCAUGAAGUUGGCCAAUGGAUUGAUGCGAACGCGCUGCUAGAAGAUAUAAUACGUGAAAUUUUGCUACACAAAAAGAAACUCCUGGAAGCGGAUGGGGAAAACACUGCCGACGAACAACAGUACGAUGAGGUUGAUCCGGACGAAACGGUAGACGAACCGGAGCCUGCUUUAGGCGAUCGCGACACGUUGGAGGAACCUGAGACAGCGGAAUCGGUGCCGGAGGAGCCAACUACCGGGGGAAGCUCCCAACAGUGAUGCCGAGAAUGCAAUGUGAUAUGUUUGGCGAGUGUGCUGUAGCGCUGUGGGAAGAUGAAAAGACGGCAUGUUUGUGUAAAGCUUUUCUGUAAAAACCAAAAAUAGCCACGGAUAGCAAUUCUUACCAAUCAGAAUCCAUCCCGAGGCCGCGAAACGCUGGAAAUUAUUAUGAAAACAUUACUUCGGCUGCUUUUAACACCAAAAGUAACGGACGGUUCGUAAGGAUUGCAAUGUUCCGAAUGCUAACUCAGAAUUAUCUUUGACCGUAAACUCCAUGUUAGUUGUUUGUUGCCAGCGUAAAGCUCCACAAGACUCUGAAAAUGGAAAUAAAAUUCUACUUUGUUUCAUUCAAAA